UCCCUGUGUCCCAGUAAAGCAAUUUCAGCGCAUGCAGGGACUCGUCCCUACGGCCACGGAUGGCAACAUGGCGACAGAGUUCCACAACCUGCAGGAGUUGAGGCACAGUGCAUCUCUGGCCAACAAAGUCUUCAUCCAGAGAGACUACAGUGAGGGAACCACCUGCAAGUUUCAGACCAAGUUCCCCUCUGAGCUGGAGAGCAGGAUUGAGCGGACACUGUUUGAAGACACUGUGAAGACUCUGAAUAACUACUAUGCAGAGGCAGAAAAGAUUGGAGGACAGUCCUACCUGGAGGGCUGUCUGGCCUGCGCUACAGCAUAUCUCAUCUUCCUCUGCAUGGAGACACGUUACGAGAAGGUGUUGAAGAAGAUAGCCAAGUACAUUCAGGAGCAGAAUGAGAAGAUCUAUGCUCCCAGGGGUCUGCUCAUCACAGACCCCAUAGAGAGGGGAAUGCGGGUCAUAGAGAUUUCCAUCUAUGAAGACCGGGGCUCCAGUGGCUCCAGCUCAGGGAGCAGCUCUGUGUCCGGCAGCACUGCUCGAUGACUGGGUACUUCCUGAUCACCAUGUCCCCCUGAUCACUCACAGCCCCGGAGGAGAAGUUAGGACAAUGAUACCACUCCUGUUCCAAUACUUAGCACACACAUCCCUCACCUAUGCUCACACAAAGGAUUUUCUAGCUUUGUUUUUUUUUUUUUUUUUUUUGUCAUCACAUGCUUAAAUUGUUAAAGCUUUUUUCACAGUGAACGCUUCAAACACGCACUUUAGUAGUUUCCUGCAAAGCAAUGUGCAUGCACACUGACACAGUCAUGUUUGGAAGCAAUGUCUAAAUGAAAAGAAAAAAAAAAUCUAGCUGGUAAUACUUUGUGUGAUCGCAUCAUUACCUUCCUUCCUGUGUUGUCUGGUGGGUGACAAAAAAGGAUGGAAGGAAGUGAGAAAAAAAUGGAGGAGGUGUUGUGACAGGAGUGAAGACCACAAGCCUCACCAAACCUCAUACCUCAGCCACCACAGCUGCACCAUGUAGUCCGGAUCAGCCCCAGCUGCACCCUGACCCCACCGGACCAACUAGGAAACUGGACACAUCACCAUUAACCCUGCACACCGGACAACAGCUUGUAAAGAUGUUAUCUGUGGCUCAACUGAGUUUCCAGAUUUUAGCAAAUGUAAAAAGUAUGUACAAGUGUUUGAGCAGGGCACCACAAAGUUUCACCUUCCCAGAGCGCAGAUUAACUGUACGAAGAAGCUCUUCCUCCAUCACCUCUGCUGUAAAUCAUGCUGUCUGGUAGCAGAUGAAUGUCAUUCAGCCCGUCCAUGUCUAUAAUGUAGCAGAUCUUCCAUAUCUCUCACAUGAAGCUAAUUAGACACACAAACACGGACACGUGCACAAACCUAAGUACUAACCUCUUGGUUUCAAGUAGAGAGACCAACUUUUCCUAAAUUUUGAUUAUGCAAAGACAUACUGUGCAUUGAAUGCAACAGUAAGUAGACUGAGGAUGGGUCAAAAAGUCUUCCUGAAUCUUACCUGUAGUGUUUUAAAAUACACCAACCCUUCCUUGAUUCCUGAACAAACUUCCAAAGAACAAUAACUGCCAAAAACUGGCUCAAAAAUGUGAAUGUGUCUUUUAUUUUGGUGACAUUGUGUGCAAGAACAAACUUUCGUACUGCUUGUUGUUUGAUACACAUGGCAAUGAGGUAUAUAUGACUGGUGUCAAAUAAAUACUGUUUCAUCACA